AGAGAGAGCGCCUCGAUUGGUAGAUAUCAGCAGGCCAAAGCUGAGACUGAAGAAAUAGUGAGUAUAUUUUACUCUCUCUUCUGUGCGUGUUUACUGUUUAUAUAUACUCUACGUCCUCUCCGUUCGUCUGUCUGUCUCUCUCUCUCUCUCUCUCUCUCUCUCUGUCUGUCUGUCUCUCUAUAUCUCUUCCUUAUCUUGGCCCAUGGAUCCAUUCGAUUUGGUUUCUUCAAUCAUUGAGCUUUGCAAAGGAUUUGGGUAAUGGGUACUGCAACUUUGUAUAUUCCUCAGUCAUAAGACUUAUAUGCCUGUAAACCCGUAUUUUUCCUUUCACUAUCCGAAAACAAGAUAAAAAAAGAACAACAGAGAAGAGAAUGAGCUUGCCCAACAUAGGGGCCCCUAUCAAUGAUGAGAAGCUAAAUAACAUGGGAAAGGUGGCGACUUUGAAUCCAAAUGCAGUAGAGUUUAUUCCUUUCGCUCUCAGGUCAUCCUCUGGAAGCACAAGUACUGCAGAUGGGUCAACGAGCUUGGUUGUCUCUGGGACUGGGAAAUUUGGGAAAGCAGUGUUAGAUCGUUCAGAAUCGACAAUCUCUAGUAAUUCUGAUGAAGAAGCUCACCAGUACUGGCGCCGGCAGCUACCUGAUGACAUUACUCCUGACUUUAAGGUUAUGGGGGGUGAUGAGUCUCAGGGAAUUAAUAGCAUCCCCUUUUCAAUGCUUUCCCUUCAUGAUGGCAGUGAUGCCUCGAGGUUCUCUACUACAGGCAGUAGUUUUAUGUUGAAGGAGUUGUCACACCACGGAACAAAUGGGAAAAGUUUUGCUGAGAAGAUAAGAUAUUCUGUUCCAUUCUAUGGUGAAGAUGUAUCCUCAUCCAACUUCAUUUAUUCAGGAACUAAACCUUGGGACAAGCCAAUGACGAACAAUGAUCAGCUUCUUUCCACUAUUAGAGAGGGGCUUCCGUAUGAUAGGAAUCCUAGACAGGGUUUCCUGAAUGAGCAAGCAAUAGCAGGUAAUACAGAGUUAAAUCCUCUUCCGUUUUUGGCUGCACAGUUUCCUGGCUUUGCUGCUGAGAGCCUUGCUGAGGUGUACCUUGCCAAUGGAGGUGACUUGAACCUGACAAUUGAAAUGCUUACUCAGCUUGAGCUGCAAGUUGAUGGUGGUUUUAGUCAAAAUCUGAACUCGAAGGCCUUAUCUGCUCCAAAUCUUACUGAACUGGAUUUCCCUGCACUUUCUGUGCAAGAGAGUCAAAUUGGUGUGAUAAAACAUUCUGGAGAUGAUAUCCAACAAAGUGGUAGUCCUUACCGAUCUGCCAACAAGGACAAUAUGCUUUUGUCCAAAUCUAACUAUUCCAUACCUACCAGAGGUGCUAUAGAUUUUGCCUCAGCUGUCAGGAAAAUGUCAUCUCAGGAAUCAAAUAUGUGGAAGUACGUUCGAAAUGGUUCUGCUGAUGCUAGUGUUGGCUCAAGUAGAAGUGCACAUGUGUUGGCUAGCUCUUUCAAUGGUGGGCAGGUUAGGGGCAUCUAUGGCGACAAGCUACAAAGUCGGAGUUCAUACCGGGAAGCUCCUGUGUGGCUCGAAACUGGAGAAGCAGUGGCAAAUAUGUACUCGGAAAUGCGAGAGGAAGCCCGUGACCAUGCGCGCAUACGAAAUGCAUACUUUGAACAGGCACGGCAGGCUUAUUUGAUUGGUAACAAGGCUUUAGCAAAGGAACUCAGUGUGAAAGGGCAGCUGCAUAAUAUGCACAUGAAGGCAGCUCACGGCAAAGCUCAAGAAUCUAUCUAUCGUCAGAGGAACCCUGUGAGUGGAGAGAUGCAAGGCAAUGGAAGGGCUGGAGAGCAGCAGGAGAGGAUAAUAGACUUGCAUGGGCUGCAUGUGAGUGAAGCCAUUCACGUUCUGAAGCGUGAGCUGACACUGUUAAGGAGCACUGCCAGGUCAAAGGAGCAGCGCCUACAGGUUUAUAUAUGCGUCGGAACUGGCCACCACACUAGGGGUUCUCGUACCCUCUCCAGACUUCCAAUUGCCGUCCAGCGCUAUUUGCUUGAGGAGGAGGGCCUUGACUACUCAGAACCACAGCCUGGGCUACUCAGGGUUCUGUUAUAUUGAGAGUCCACAGGUUAACGAGGAGGGUUUCGGCCAUAUAAUAUCACUCAUAUACGGGAAGUAGUCCAGUUCUGCAAAAGGAAAGAAGAAAAGCAACAGAAAUAACAAAGCGAAAGAAAAGAGAAGAAUCAGAAAUGUACCAUUAAGGUUUAAUUACUCUAUAAAUUUUCGGUACCAAGUCAGGGUCUCUACAUGGAUAGGUGGGGGCAUUUUUUUUGUAACUUUGUAACAAUUCUUUGUUCUUUUUUUAGUGUUUAAUUUUAAAAUGCAGAUGUAACUGUUAGAAUCGAUUUGCUUUAUAGUUAUUUUUAAUGCUUUUACUGUCAA